CCCAUACAGUUGAAACAGUAGAUAUGGAACAACGGAGUAACGAGUCGAGGCGGGGGAAGGGAGUUGUUUCUAUCUAAAAACCAGUUACAUAGAGUUUUUUUUUAUUACAGUUCUUUGACCGCUCGUAUAUUCUAGUUUUAGAGCGGAAGAAAAAACAAACUUAAAUGACAACUGAAGUUAUUCAGUCAUUUUUGAUACCUUGGGCAACGUGCCACACCUUCGCCUAGUGCAACAGCUUCUGUACAAAGCUGGCCAAAUGGGGUGCUCAUGCUGCAGGAUGAUAAAGAGCUACAUCUACGACCCCUCUGUGGAGGUGGACCUAAGAAAGACCGACUCCACGGGCAGCUCCUUCUACCACUCCCACCACCUCCCAGGUAUGGCCCCCAGCAGGGAUACGGUAGUGGUCAGUCCAGACAAACAGAAGCAGGGUUUCCACAAUCUGGGCUACAGCAAGUCCAACGAGAGCACCCUGAAACUGGAGGUGGACAACAACCAGGUCAACCAACGGCUACACUCGGCUCCUUCAAACAUAAGGGAUCUACAUCAGCAGGGAGGGGCGCCCCCUUCAGAGGGCGGUCUGUACAUCAUCCAGCCAGACAUGACUGGACCCCGGUGGAUGAUACAGGAAAGAACCCCCAGUCAGGUUCCAGUCUAUCCCAACAUACAUGAGUACGACAACCAGAGAGGUUACGGUGAGCAGGAGCAGCGUGGGAGGAGGACAGACUGGGACAGAAACACGGGCAAGUGCACCACCAGCAACGAGAGCUUGUCAGCGGAUGAGAUCGAUGAGGGCGUCGGGGGGAUGCCAGAUUAUCCGUGUGACACCGGGGACGAGGGGAGCGUCCUGUCGGUGGACAUCCACACCAGCACUACCAGCUUGUCCUCAGUGGACACCAGAGACGGGCUGAGACUGCCAAAGACAACGGAUGUUUCCACCAUGGAGAGCGGAAUUUCAGUGACAAAGUGUGAGGAAGAUGAGGAUGAGGAGGAGGUGCAGAGCGUCACAGACUCUAUGGUUGCCGAGGCUCUGGCCGCCCUGGAAGCGGCCACGUCUGGAGAGGACUUUGACUGACGCCGCUGACAAAAAAAAACUCCCAGAAACCCUUCUGUGGUUUCAAAAGAAAUGAAGGAAGAAUGAGUUUACAGACACCUUGGUGGACUGGUUUUCAGACUGAAUUUUCUAAUUUGUAUUUUUCUCUGUAUGUUAAAGGUCAGGACUCUGGACGGUUGCCUGUGACAUUAGUUCAGCUCAGUUAAACUCACUUUUUGUGCCUAAACAUGAACUAAUUGAGGCUCAAUGACGUUUUUCUUUCCUGGGAAUUUGCUCAAGAUUUUUCUGUUUUUACUGGAUGAAGAUCUGAAUUUUUACUUCAGCUUCUGUUGUUUUUCUCCAGUCACUGUGUGUCUGCCAAAUCAUUUCUUAUUAUUUGUAAUGUAAAAAGAAAUAAAUGAACUUCAGAGGAUGUACACUGA